AUGGCACCAUCGUACUUGAAGGUCUCUACAAGAGAAAUGGAUUCGAAUCGUACUUCGAUGAGUUCACCAGCGCACAUGGCGACGACGACGCUCAAAGUUGGGGGCAUGACCUGUGGCGCAUGUACCUCUGCAGUGGAAGCGGGAUUCAAAGGUGUAGAUGGCGUGGGAAAUGUGUCGGUGAGCUUGGUUAUGGAGAGAGCGGUCAUUUUACAUGAUCCGCAGAGGAUCUCGGCCGAGAAGAUACAAGAGAUUAUUGAGGACCGGGGGUUCGAUGCGGAGGUUCUUGCGACCGACUUACCUUCGCCCGUUACUACUCGCGGCGAUUAUAACUACGAUGAGGAUGAGGAGGAGGAGGAGGAAGAUGAUGGGACGACGACGACGACACUUGCAGUGGAGGGAAUGACUUGUGGUGCUUGUUCGUCUGCGAUAGAGAGUGGCUUCAAAGAUGUCUUGGGUGUCAAAAAUUUCAGCAUAUCGUUACUGUCAGAAAGAGCGGUAGUGGAGCACGAUGAAUCCAUUCUGAGCGCGGAGAAGAUUGCGGAAAUAAUUCAGGAUAGAGGUUUUGGUGCAACAAUUUUAGAAUCAGCGAAAGCAGGCAAAGGUCAAAAAAUAGGGAAGGGCAGUUCUUCCAGCGAGCAAAAAGUAGCCACGACCACGGUGGCUAUCGAAGGAAUGACAUGUGGAGCCUGCACAUCUGCAGUUGAAGGUGGUUUCAAAGACCUGGAUGGACUGAUACAAUUUAAUAUCAGUCUAUUGGCUGAACGAGCUAUUAUCCUACACGACCCAACAAAAUUGGCAGCAGAGAAGAUUGCUGAGAUAAUCGAGGACAGAGGAUUCGAUGCCAAAAUCUUAUCAACCCAACUUGGCUCAUCAACUCAAUCCUCGAGCGCUUCAACAUCACAUUUUAAAGUAUUUGGUGUCAAGGAUGCAGCAUCCGCUACCAAUCUCGAGGAGAAGCUAGCAUCAAUGCCUGGUGUUACUUCCGCUAAACUUAGCCUGGCGACCUCCAGACUGACCGUUUCUCACCUGUCUAACAUUGCGGGACUACGAGCUCUUGCGGAGCUCAUUGAAGCUCAAGGUUAUAAUGCGCUUGUUUCGGAGAAUGACGAUAACAACGCCCAACUUGAAUCUCUCGCCAAAACGAGAGAAAUCACUGAGUGGAGAACUGCAUUCAGGACUUCGUUAUGUUUUGCUAUUCCCGUUAUGCUGAUAAGCAUGAUCAUUCCUAUGUUUAUUCCAGCUCUCGAUUUUGGAAGGUUGAUUGUUUUCUUCCCCGGACUUUACCUAGGCGAUAUCGUGUGUUUAGCUCUUACGAUACCCGUUCAAUUUGGAAUUGGCAAACGUUUCUAUAUUUCCGCAUACAAAUCGAUGAAGCAUGGUUCACCUACCAUGGAUGUUUUGGUCGUUCUUGGAACUUCGGCUGCAUUUUUCUUCAGUUGUGCAGCAAUGAUUGUCUCGGUUCUCAUGCCACCUCACACACGACCCAGCACUAUUUUCGACACCAGUAGUAUGCUGAUCACCUUUAUCACACUUGGUCGAUUCCUCGAGAACCGUGCCAAGGGUCAAACUUCCAAAGCACUUUCAAGGCUCAUGUCACUUGCUCCUUCCAUGGCAACUAUCUAUACGGAUCCAAUUGCUGCUGAUAAGGCAGCUGAGGGAUGGGAGACUUCAGUUGGUCUUACCAAGGAACGGAAAGAGCCUACUCAGGAAGGAAAUGCAGCUGAAGAAAAGGUCAUUCCUACUGAACUCCUUCAAGUUGGUGAUAUUGUCAUCUUGAGACCUGGAGACAAGAUUCCAGCCGAUGGUACCGUGACCAGGGGUGAAACCUACGUUGAUGAGAGUAUGGUAACAGGAGAGGCAAUGCCAGUUCAAAAACGACCGGGCAGUGUUCUCAUUGGAGGAACUGUCAAUGGUGCGGGACGAGUCGACUUCCGUGUCACCAGAGCCGGUAGAGAUACUCAAUUAAGUCAAAUCGUCAAGCUCGUACAAGAAGCUCAGACUACGAGAGCACCAAUUCAACGAUUGGCUGAUCAAAUUGCCGGAUAUUUCGUUCCUGCCAUUCUGCUUCUCGGUUUCCUUACCUUUUCAACAUGGAUGAUUCUUAGUCACAUUCUGAAGAACCCACCAAAGAUUUUCAUCGAUGAGGCUAGCGGUGGAAAAUUCAUGGUCUGUGUUAAGCUGUGUAUUUCCGUCAUUGUCUUUGCUUGCCCUUGCGCUCUUGGUCUCGCCACUCCUACAGCUGUCAUGGUUGGAACGGGUGUUGGUGCAGAAAAUGGUAUUUUGGUCAAGGGUGGAGCCGCGUUGGAAACUGCCACCAAGAUCAACCAAGUCGUUCUUGAUAAAACUGGUACCUUGACCAUGGGUAAAAUGAGCGUCGCUGAGACAAAGAUUGUUUCCAUGUGGAAUAAAACACCAUUCGCCAAGAAAACAUGGUGGUCGAUCGUCGGUCUCGCUGAGAUGGGUAGUGAGCAUCCCAUUGGAAAAGCUAUUCUCGCUGCUGCAAAGGAAGAACUCGGACUUGGUAUCGAAGGUACCAUCGAUGGAAGCAUCGGUGACUUUGGUGCUGCUGUUGGCAAGGGUGUCAAUGCUCAUGUUGAACCUGUUACCAGUUCUGAGCGAACUCGUUAUAACGUUCUCAUUGGAAGCGCCAGAUAUCUCCGUGAUAACAAGAUUGAUGUUCCUCAAGAGGCCAUCGAUUCUUCCGAGCAAGCCAACAAGAAAGCUGCUCGUGCCUCUAAAACCCCAUCUGCAGGAACAACCAACAUCUUCAUCGCCAUUGACGGUGCCUUUGCCGGUCAUCUAUGUCUCUCUGAUACUGUUAAAGAUAGUGCUCGCGCCGCCAUUGCCGCUCUUCACAAAAUGGGGAUCAAGACUGCUAUGAUCACUGGUGAUCAACGAUCCACUGCUCUCGCCGUAGCCCGCAUCGUAGGAAUUUCUUCCAAGAACGUCCACGCAGGUGUAACCCCCGAUCAAAAACAAGACAUCAUCCGCGAAUAUCAAAGCCAAGGUCUUUGCGUCGCCAUGGUCGGCGAUGGAAUCAACGACUCUCCCGCUCUCGCAACCGCCGACGUCGGAAUCGCCAUGUCCUCCGGCACCGAUGUCGCCAUGGAAGCCGCAGACGUGGUCCUCAUGCGUCCGAACGAUCUCAUGGACAUCCCCGCCUCCAUCCAACUCGCCCGCUCCAUCUUCAACCGCAUCAAACUCAACCUCAUCUGGGCCUGCGGGUAUAACGUCGUCGGUCUCCCCUUCGCCAUGGGCAUCUUCUUGCCUUUUGGAUACCAUCUUCAUCCUAUGGCUGCGGGAGCGGCGAUGGCUACUUCUUCCGUGUCGGUGGUGGCUUCUAGUUUACUACUUAAGUUCUGGAAGCGGCCGGCUUGGAUGGAUGNGAUACCAUCUUCAUCCUAUGGCUGCGGGAGCGGCGAUGGCUACUUCUUCCGUGUCGGUGGUGGCUUCUAGUUUACUACUUAAGUUCUGGAAGCGGCCGGCUUGGAUGGAUGACGCGCUUGCGGAGGAGACGGGCCAGUUGAGGAUGAAAGGGAAGGGAUGGGGUGUGUUUGGGGGUGUGGUGGGGAAGGUUAGAGAUGGAGUUGCGAGGGCUACGGGGAGGAGGAGGGAGGUUGAGGGGGGGUAUGUGCCGCUUAGUAAUUUGGAGAAUGUUUAG